AAACUGCUCAACAAGUGCGCUGCCUCGGCCGCGGAGGAGAGCGGGUCCGGCAAGAAGGAGAAGGUGAUUAUCGCUGAUGACUACUCAGAUCCCUUUGAUGCCAAGAAUGAUCUCAAGAGUAAAGCGGGAAAGGGGGAGAGUGCUGGCUACAUGGAGCCCUACGAGGCCCAGAGGAUCAUGACAGAAUUUCAGAGGCAGGAAAGUAUCCGGUCCCAGCACAGAGGCAUCCAGUUGUAUGACACCCCUUACGAACCCGAGGGCCAAAGCAUCGACUCGGACUCAGAGAGCGCAGUCAGCCCCCGACUGCGGGAGAGCAAGCUGCCCCAAGAUGACGACAGGCCCGCUGAUGAGUACGACCAGCCAUGGGAGUGGAACCGGGUCACCAUCCCAGCUCUGGCAGCCCAGUUUAAUGGCAACGAGAAACGACAGUCAUCCCCCUCGCCUUCCCGGGACCGACGGCGCCAGCUUCGAGCUCCCGGAGGGGGCUUCAAGCCCAUCAAGCAUGGGAGCCCCGAGUUCUGUGGGAUCCUGGGAGAAAGAGUGGAUCCUGCUGUCCCCCUGGAGAAGCAAAUAUGGUAUCACGGAGCCAUCAGCAGAGGAGAGGCCGAGAACCUGCUGCGACUCUGCAAGGAGUGCAGCUACCUCGUCCGGAACAGCCAGACCAGCAAGCACGACUACUCCCUGUCCCUGAAGAGCAACCAGGGCUUUAUGCACAUGAAACUGGCCAAAACCAAAGAGAAGUACAUUCUGGGUCAGAACAGCCCCCCGUUCGACAGUGUCCCAGAAGUCAUCCAUUACUACACCACCAGAAAGCUGCCCAUCAAAGGUGCUGAGCACUUGUCCCUCCUCUACCCGGUGGCUGUGCGGACCCUGUGAGAGGACCAGCCUCGCCCUGCGCUCACAGGGCCCAGACCUGGAGGAGCCGGAGUUCCCGCCGACCAGCGUGUCCAGUUCGUGUCGUGUGUAUGGUACUGGCACACCACUGCAUGUCUCUAGAAUGCUGUUGCCACUAAGGGGGCUGGGAAAGGCCUGGAUAGAGACAGAGGGACGGCCCACAAGCCACCCCAGCCCCCACCCCCACCCCCUCCUUGAGUUUCUGUGAAUUAAAAUAUUUGCAAAUCCAAAGAGAUGCCUUGCAGGAUGAACAAAGGCAAGCAGCUCCGAGGGGAGGGCACCGCCUGGGUUGCAGCGCUUUGCUUUGUUCUCCCGCUGUCAGGAAUUCACACCUGUGCAGGGAGCAGUUUUCCCACCAGGGCCCCACCGUUGUGGGGAGCCGAACGCUGGUGCUGGGAGAGCUGGAAGGCCUGGAGUCCUGCCUCCCCUCUGGUGUGCGUGUGUCUGUGUGUGUGUGUGUGAGUGUGCGCACAUCCGUCACACACAGAUGUGAGUAAGCCCUCUAAUCCACUUUAUCACUUGGUGUAAUCAUUAGAUCUUCAAGGAAUCAUUGUGCGGUCAAAAGAGGAUUCAAUUAUUUAUGACUAGGGUGUGUAAAUAAAAUAGUCAUUUAAUAUGUA